AUGAAGAUCACAGUCAGCUUGUUCUGCCUGGGGCUCGUCAGCCUGAUCUGGGCUCAUCCUGAAGCUGAUCCUUACCGUGAGCCUCGAUCGCUCUCCAACUCAGACUCUAAUGAGAGGUUUCCGUUCAUUCCCUUACUGAACACCAUGACCAGGGAUCAGCUCCGUCAGCUGCUGCAGAAUUUGUUUGUAGCUCUCAGACCUGUUCCACCUCCAGCUCCACGUCCAGCUCCACGUCCAGUUCCACCUCCAGCUCCAACUAAAGCUCCAACUACAGCUCCAACUACAGCUCCAACUAAAGCUCCAACUACAGCUCCAAGUAAAGCUCCAACUACAGCUCCAACUAAAGCUCCAACUAAAGCUCCAACUACAGCUCCAACUACAGCUCCAACUAAAGCUCCAACUACAGCUCCAACUACAGCUCCAGCUCCAGCUGUAACACCAGGACCAACUCCAGGUCCAGGAAAUUCUGGCAAAUAGAAUUAAAGCGCAGUCUCAUCUGCUUCUUCUUCUUCUUCUUCUUCUUCUUCUUCUUCUUCUUCUUCUUCUUCUUCUUCUUCUACAAACCA